AUGGAAGAAGGUGUACAGCUGACGAAUGAAUCUCGUGAACUGUUGGGUUCCACCAUUAAAGCAUGGAUCACUAGGAAGAGAUACGCGAAGCAAGUGAUACAAAAUGAGAACAGAGAUAAGGUUGCCAAGGAGAUAUUGGAUACAGAAGUGAUAUAUGUUAGGAACUUGGAAGUUAUAGUACAUUAUUACUUGAAACCAUUGCGAACUAUACAACCACCAUUAGUACCUAUAAAGGUAUUACAACAGAUAUUCGGACAUAUUGAGGACUUGCUCACGAUCAAUAGGGAACUGUUGACAUCGAUCCAGGAUCGUAUGACAACAUGGUCCACCAACAAGAAGAUGGGCGACAUCUUCCUCAAACUGGCACCAUACCUCAAGAUGUACACAGAGUACUGUUCCAACUACGACAAGGCCAUUGCCAAGCUAAAGGAGAAGACCACCGAGUCCAAAGACUUUGCCAUAUAUCUCAAAAAAAUAAGCGUGGACUCUGCCUUUGGACUGGACUUGACGUCGUUGCUGAUCAUGCCGGUGCAGCGUAUACCGAGAUACAAGAUGUUGUUGGAGAGCUUGAUUAAACUGACACCAAAGGAGUUUAGCGAUUAUAAAGUGAUCGAGGAUGCGUUGGUCAAGGUCACAGAGGUGGCCGAUCACGUCAACGAGAGUAUUAGAGAGAAGCAAAACUCAGAGAAGAUCCUCACCAUCCAGAGAAGGUUCACUGGAUAUGUACCA